ACACGCGACAUCAUUUCAUAAGAUGGACGCGUACGAAACACAUAGGAACGAGUGGGAAGAUUUGGAGGUGACCAAGGAAGAACUGACAAGAUUGACAGAGUGUUUGAAGAAGGAGGAAUUCCGGAAAUAUCUGAUCGAGUACGCGGAGACGGUGACUGAUCCAGAAAAUAAGAAGCUGUACGAGAAGGAGAUCACGCAGUUGGAAAAAGAACGGGGCGUCGACGUUACAUUCGUUAACCCGGAAGCUGGUUACGUCAUAAAAACCAGCGUGAAUGGAGACAGGAAAUGUUUCUUAAACAUCAGCAAGAGCGACAUCGUGGCACGACCAAGCAGUGAACCUUCUUACGAACAAGGUCAUCGAGGUUUGCAAUGGUCUAUCCCCUAUACUCUUGUACCGCCUCGCGACGACCUUGACAAGAAGAAUGUCCGUUGCAUGGUCUUCGACAUCGUCUUUCACCCCGACACGAUCUAUCUGGCGUCAAAGAAUGCACGAUUUCGUGACAUUGUCAACAACACUGCCAUGGAUGGCGUGGAGAGUAACUUCAAGGUGAAACUGGACAGAAAGAAUCUCAAAUUUCCAAAAAUCAACUACAAAGGUGUAUGUCAGCCUACAGUGAUCAGAAAACCCUCCAAGGAGCCACCAAAUGAACAGCUGGACAUAGAGCCAGAGAUCUACCAAAAGCUGAUGGCAGACUACGAUCAGAAAAGAGAACAGCGUACAAAGUGGUUAGAAGAGAAGCCAAAGCGUGUAUCUCCACCUACCACCUACUAUAAUGACAAACCUGUUACGGAUCCAUUUACAAACAACAAAUAUGCAACACCCAAGUUCUUUAUUAAACAUCAGUCUGAUUUGGAGCUGGAGGACUUUAGUAACAGUAGAAAUGCAAAAAUGAAUGCUACCGUACCUAAAAGAUUAAUUAUUUCUAUAGAUCUGCCUUUACUGAAAACUGCCAAUGAUGCAUCUUUGGAUGUACAGGAACGUUUUUUGUGCGUGAAAAGCGAAAAACCAGCAAAGUAUUUGCUGGAGUUACCCCUGCCCUACAAUGUGGACGCAGACCACGGCAACGCGAAAUUUGAUGCAAAGCACAAAAAGCUUGUGGUAACUUUGCCAGUCAUUCCACCAGUGGUAUCUUUGUUGGACACCAGAGAAGACAGUGGUGUCGACAGCGAUCACGGGAGUCCACUGCCACUGUUCCGUGAAGAUUCCUCAGAGGAUGCUCCUGGUCAAAGUAGUUCGAGUGAUCCCCCGCGGAAAUUGGUCGAAGAAUGCGAAACAGUGCUUGCAGUCGCGGAAAUAGAUAAGAAAAGUAAACAUUAUGAGGAAGAGGAGGAGGAGGAGUGUGGUGAUACAGCACUACGGACUAGUCCUAUAGAAAACACUGAUACCUUUUUAGAUCCUAGCAUUAAGUAUUUACUGCCACCGUUUACAUGUAAUAUAUACGAUAAUCAAUUAGCCGUCACUAUAAAUGUAAAGAACGUGGAUCCGAAUUCCAUUCGUCGUAGAAUUUUACAAAAUAAUUUAGGGAUACACGUUACGUUAACGUCUGUAGGCGCAGGAUUUUUUCCACAGCACUACUCGCUUUGUUUAAAACUAUACGCGGAUUCUGUGUAUCCAGAAUCCCUCACAAUCGAACCGUGGGAUAACAACGUCGUGUUUAGCGUAAUGUUAAACAAUACUGAAAAUUUAGCGCGAUACUACUUCGGUGUGCGGGAUGAAUUCAUGGAAGAAAGGGAACUUCCUACCGCCGCAUCUUUCAGGCGUCAAUUGAAAGCAUUGACGACGAUGGAAGACAGUGGACAGGAAAAAGACAGGAUGAUUGAUGUACAAGCAGAAGAUGACGGUGUCGUUAUAAGUAUUAGAUCGAAACAAUUAGAUUCCGACGACGAAGAGGGUCAACAACGUACAAAGUCUAUACAACGCCGACAGAGUCGACGAUACGCCAUGACAAAAACUAGAUCUGUUUCAGAGAGCAGCGGAGAUGAAUUAUCAAAUAAUAGUGUAACAAAUACUGCAGGUACAUUCGCGAAAGGUAUAUUAAAGUCACGUCGGACUCACGAUUUUUCACGUUCAGUAUCCGAAUCGAGCGCCGACGAAAGCGGAAUGCCCAUCUCGUCCAUAGAUUGUCAGUACGAUUCGGUGCAAGAUAUCAAUUCCGAAUCGGAUUGUUCCAGUUUAAAGAAAACAGUACGAUUCAACGAUGUGGUGUCGCGACAAUUAUUUAGGUCUAAUUCUAGUAUUCUUGGUCAACGAAAGAAAAAUCAGCGCAAGCUACGAAACAAAAAACGCGCGUACGAACGCCGGAUGAGCGAGAGCGAAAACUCCGAAACGGAGGAACGGGAUAAAUACAAGGCGAGUCCAAAAACCACGGAUUCUUCCGAGACUGUGAAACCUAUCCUUAAUCGCGAUAAGCAAUCGACGCAACAGAUAACUGCCAAUAUCGAAAUCAAGAAAGGGGGUAACGGUAAUAACCGUUCGAUGCCUAAUCGGGAAUCCAGCGUCCAGGAAGAAACGAUUAACGAAAAUUCUGCAGAUAGUCCGAUCAGUGAUACGAAAUACACGGUCAAGGCGGAAUUUAAAAAUGAUUUAAUAUUCGAUCUCGAUAUGUAAAUCUUGACGAUUCAUCGAGACACACGUAUGUGAUAACUUUUAAAGCCAUGCGAGGAUCGACGAUCCGUUAAAAUAGAAACUGUUGUCGCAACGUAACUCGAAAGGCUAACUACUAAAAAGGGGAAAAGAGAUCGUAGAACUUGUUUAGAAUUAUGUGAUAAUUUUUUAGCGAUUAAGCAGUG